AUGGCUCAUCAAAUCAACCCUCAUCAACAAAAAUUAGCUGAGAAAUUAACGAUUCUCAAUGAUCGAGGUAUUGGAAUGUUAACGAGAAUAUUUAACAUAAAAAAGGCUUGUGCAGAAACGAAAUCGAAACCAUCGUUUCUUCUUGACAAAAAUCUCGACUCGGUUCUUCGUCAGAUACAAAAGAAAUUUCCAGCUGUUGAUAAAAGUCAAUUUCAAACACUUACGUCGAUUAAAACCGAUAUUAUCAAAUCACUCGCAAUAUACUAUUUUACAUUUGUCGAUCUAUUAGAAUUCCGAGAUCAUGUUACUGAUUUGUUAACAACGAUUGAUGCAUGCCAAGUUCACUUCGAUAUCGCAUUGAAUUACGAUUUGACAAAAUCAUACUUAGAGUUAAUCUCAACAUAUAUUUCAUUGAUGAUUCUUUUAUCCCGGGUGGAUGAUCGUAAAGUCGUUCUUGGUCUUUAUAACAUAGCUACAGAUUUAACUCACGGGCAUGGCGAUGCCAAUUUUCCCCGACUUGGUCAAAUGAUCAUUGACUAUGAACAACCAUUACGUAAACUACAUGAUGAAUUCGUUCCCCAUGUACGCUCAAUUGGUGACGCCAUACAAUCGUUAGGACCUAUCUAUGAUCGUCGUACAUGCAAAGUUUCAGAAUGGCGGGCGAAGACUUUGCUCAGCUUAUUAUCUACACCACAAACAGCUCAUUUGAUGGAUACAUCGGAAACUUUACCAUGCGAAUAUCUCUCACAAGAAACGAUUGAACGUUGGAUUGUUUAUACAAUGAUUGUCUGUCCGCAACAAUUGGUAACCAACUCCAAGUGUAUGCAAUUAUUCGAGAAAGCCCUAUCGAAUAGUUUCGUUCAUGUACUCUACCGUGACGAACUAUUGUUGACACAUCAAUAUUUACAUCAAAAUUUGGACAUUUACAAAUCCUAUCGACAAUUGAAAUUAACCGAACUGUUGAACGAAACAUUCAAAAGAGCCAUGACUGAUCAACCGUUGUAUAGACGCGAAAGACGAAAGUAUAUUCGACCACAAUUGAAAGAACUAGCUCUGAUUUUCGCCGAUCAACCAGCACUAUUAGGUCCGAAGCUAUUAACUGCAUUUACAGCAUUAAGUUUAGCACGUGAUGAGAUUGUCUGGUUAUUACGACAUAGUGAAAAUUUUCCAUCAAAACUCCAGAAAGAAACAAACAAGAAACAAGCAGGUACCACACGCGACGAUUAUAGCGAUCGGACCUAUCCUGAGUUUUUGUUCUAUAUAGAGGAACUUCGUCAUUUGAUUACCACAUAUUCGUCGGUCAUCAAACAAUAUUACAUCGAAUGUUUAUCAACCUUGGAUUCAAAUGACUUACAAGCGAAUAUUAAAAACUUACAUAUGUCGUGUACGGAGGAUGAAUCGAUUCUAUUAACAUCUUUUUAUAAUACAAUUACGACGUUGUCAACGACGGCAAGUGCAGAUCUACGCGCCUUGCGUCUGGAUUGGUUUCGUAUGCAGGCUUAUACAAGUGUAACGAAAAAAUCAUCAUUAUCGUUAAUCUCCUUGUCGCACAAUGAACAUUUCGCUCAAAUCAUGAAUACCGUUUGUUUUCAUUCGAAAUGUGUCGAUGAUUUGGAAACUUUAUUGUACGAAACGAGUGAUCUUUCGAUCUUCUACUUCUAUUUAACUCAAUUCGAUCAUUUAUUUUCAUCGUGCAUCUAUUACCCAUCACAGAUACGUUAUGCAAUUGCCUUUCCAUUGAUUUGUCAACAUUUCAUCAAUGCAACGCAUGAAUUAUGUCCGGAAGAACGACAACAGAUCGGUGAUUUAAGUUUGAAAAGUGCUCAUGCUUUCAUCGACGAAAUAUGCAAACAAAUCAAAAGUACAGUUUCGGAGAUCGCCAAUGAAUAUUUUCUUAUGAACGAACAGCUUUUACCUAAGAAUGCAGUUAUUUCUCGCUUACGAAAAAAACUGCCAACUGAACAAUCAUCCAAAAAACAUGGUUCAUCUUCGAAACAUGAUGCCACGAAUGGUUCCAAUGGUGUACCAGCAAAAAUUGCCUUACCAGGUGAUGAAUCGCGUCGAUCAAAUCGUCGUGAUAUGACGAAAACCGAUAAAUUAAUGAUGGUACUAAACGAAUUAUGCUUUUCGAUCUCCUAUCGCAAACAAAUCACCAUAUGGGAACAUAAGUUUUUACCCAAUGAAUAUCUAAUUUCCCAUUUAGAAAAUCGUUUUAACAAAUCCUUAUCUGAAAUGGUUAAUUAUCGUCCGCCAGCGAUGGAAAUAGCCAAACCAUCAGAAUUAUUAUCCUCAGUUGAAUCCUACAUGGAUAUUUUAACUUUAGUAGAAUCUCAUUGUCAAAUUGAUACAACACGAAUCUUUAAUGAAGUUCUCUUGCAACAAAGUCAACCAUUGGAUAGUGCUGGAAAUGAAACCAUCACCUCACUCUAUACACAUUGGUUUCUCGAAGUUCUUAUUAAACGUAUCACGAUGGGUACAAUUGUCUAUUCACCCUUACGACGAUCGUUUGUUAGUAUUCACCAACAAGAUUUAACAUUACCCUUCGAUCCCGAAGAAUAUGCGUCAUUCAAUGAACUACGAGCUUUGGUAGAACUGAUUAAACCAUAUGGAUGUAAAUAUCUUUGCGAAAUGAUUCUCUAUCGUUGUGUCCAACAAAUCAAUGAAAUUCGUAAACUGACACAUAGUCAACGUGAUCUUCUCAAUAAUCUCCGUAUCAAUUUUGACAAACCAGCACAAAUGAAGCUUUAUUUAAAACAACUUGAGCAUGUCGAUUUACUCUUACAACGUGUCAUACUCAUCGGAGUUCUCUUACAAUUGAAGAAUCUCGUUGAAGAAGCUCUUCAAGAUGUUCUACAUAAGCGUAUGCCGUUUCUAAUGAUUACAUUAGAACAUUUCUAUGCGCAAUACAAAACAACGACAUUUUCCAACGAUCCACAACAUCAUUUACUCAUCAACGAAAUGAUCUCAUCGACCGGAACAUCAACCAUGAUCGAUUCGACCUUAUGUCAAGCGUUAAUCAAUCAAAAGAACUCGUUAAACAACAAUACAAAUAAUUCCGAGCCGACAUCAGCAAAUCACGAAUCUGAAGAAUACAUUCUUUCAUGUUUAAUCAUGGUUUAUAUCGCUGUUUCUUUGCCACGUUUAGCAAGACUAGAAUCGACUAAAUACAUUGUCGCUCUGGAUGCUCACGCGAACAACUGUCAUUGUUUAGUACGUGCAAUAAAUACAUUAAUAACAACCUUCUUUUUCGAGCAUGGCCAACGGCAUAUCGAAGAUCGUUGCAAAGAGUUUCUUGCUUUAGCAUCGUCAAGUUUACUUCGUUUGAUCGAUGUGGACAGCAGUCAAAAUAACAAAUAUUCAAAUACAAACACGAAUUCCGCAUCGAAUAAUUCCAAUGGUCUACCGAAUGAUGUGAUCCAUCGCGAAGCAACAUAUAUCCUUUUGGAACAAUUUGUUAAUCAAUGUCCAUACUUAACACGUGAUCUACUUGAAACAUGUUUUCCAUCGAGUGUUUUACGUAAUGCAUUUUUUAUUAUUUCGACCAAUCGAACGUACUAUUCCGAGUUUAGUUGUACCAGACAAGUUUUCUUGGUGAUCAUGUCGACUUCAACGUUCGAUAGUCUACCUGUGGAAAUUUUGCAUCGCAUAUUCGAUCAUUUGGAUGUCCAAACGAUUAUUUUCUCUAUUCGUUAUGUUUGCAAACAGUUAUAUUUAAUAACGGAUUCGUACAAUCGUUACAACUUCAACUUCAAAUCGAUCGCUAAGCCAUUAUUUCGGAUCAUCUGUCGACUUGUACCAUUCGAAAAUGUCAUUGCAUUAACCUUAUCUGAUGAAGAUAAGACUCGUGGUCAAAUCGAAUUAUUUCUUUCGUUAUACAACAUUGAACAGUUUGCUCGACUCGAAUCGUUAACUUUACUCGAAAUUGAUUAUGAUUAUUUGAAAAGUUUCCUGAAAUAUAUUGUAAAUUCUUCAGUAAAAUCGCUUUCGAUCAGUGUUCCACCGAUACAUACUUCUCAAAAAGCAACUCCGCAACUACUCUCGUCAGUGGUUAUUCAUCAUACUUUGAAGAAUCUCUAUAUGAGUAUCGGCGAGAAAGAAUGGCAUCAGAUAUCAUGGUCUACUAAUUGGAAGCUAAGGUAUCUUCGGCUGGUUAACAGUAUAACAUUUAAACAAUUUUGUCUUGUCCUUGACAACUAUCGUGGCUUACGAACUCUCGUUUUAAAAGAAAUAAAUAGUAAUUGUAGCGAGGACAAUUGGUGUUUCUCCCCAUUUAAGCAAUUAACAUCCUUAACGUUCGAAAAUGGCCGAAUUGAUAUCAAUCAAAUAAAUCAAUGUCUUUCAUUCACACCUUCUCUUACUUAUUUGAAAAUAGUCGGUGAUGGGAAUCUAUUUAAUUCUUCAUUCGAUGGUUAUCAAUGGGAAAAUUUACUUCAAACAAGACUUGUUCAUAUCGAAAAAUUCGAAUUCUUCUUUGUUAUUUUAACAUAUAGUAACUAUCGUUCGAGAAACACGGAACUUCUCAUGCAAUCUUUUCACACACGAUUUUGGCUGGAGAAGCUCAAAUGCUCAAUCAUGUGUGAUUACAUUGCUAAUUCGCGAAAAAUUACCUUGUAUACUCUUCCAAUUUGUAAAACAAAUUUCGUCUAUGACAUCGAUUCGAAAAAAUCGUCUAUAUCAAACGUCGGUGCAAGUUUUAAUUCAACUGAUAUGGAUAAUGUGCAACGUUUAGAAUUACAAUUGACCAAAGAUGUCAAUAAGUUGGCGAUAGACGAGAACGCAUCUUCCAAUGUUUUCUUAUUUCGUAAUGUGACGAGUCUCAUACUUGGUAAUGACGGUGAAUGGCCUGAACGAUCUCUACGUUUCCUUUCGAAUACUCUCGAUUUUUCACGUCUUAUUAAGCUUUCCUUGUCAAUCAAUUUUCUUCCGAAACAAACACCGGAUACUGUCGCGAAUAUCGAACGAUUACUCAAACAAGCACCGAAUCUUCGUUCGUUCUUGCUAUUAGACUACUGGGGACCGGAUAACUUCAUGACACGUAUGGAAACCAUCUGUUCCAUGAUAUCACCGAACAUAAAACACUUACAAAUCCGAGUGAAAAAUCUGGAUGAUAUCAAAUAUAUUCUUGAGCACUUGAAACAUCUGACGAGUGUCACAUUCGAAUAUGCGCAGAUGUUGCAGAUUGAUUCGAAAGAAAUUAUGAAAUCAUUGUCUUGUCUGAAUCGAUCGAUUUCGUCAUGGAAUCAUCAACAGGCUCUACACAUUUGGCUUCAAAAUAAUCCCGCAAAUCUUUAG